AUGAGUUCACCACCAAAUAAUUCAUACGAGAUUAUGGACUCUACAACCAACAUAUUUUGGGAAGAAUCUAGUGAUGAAGAAAUUGAAUAUACAUCACAUACAUAUACAAGAGUUGCUCCUAUUAAGAAUAAUAGUGAUGUUACAACACUUUCAGUUCGUUUACCACAAAGACAUUCAUUAUGGGCACAUUUAGCUUGGAAUGCAGGUAUUGCAUUAUCUGAUUUUUUAGAUAAAGAAAUUGAUUUUACAAACAAGACAGUAUUGGAAUUAGGAUCAGGAGCAGGAUUACCAUGUUUUAUUGCAGCAUUGAAUAAUGCCAAAAGAGUUGUAAUGACAGAUUAUCCAGAAGAUACGUUAAUUAAUAAUAUGAAAUAUAAUAGAUCCAAUACAGUACCAGAAAGAGUAUGUGAUGAAAAUAAUAGAUUGUUGGCAGUACCACAUCUCUGGGGAAAGAAUCCAGAAGAAUUAAAUCAACUACUCGAUGAACCAUCAAAGAAAUUUGAUAUCAUCAUUUUAUCUGAUCUUUUAUUUAAUCAUGCCGUACAUGAUAAAAUGUUGGAAACUUGUUCAACUUGUUUAUCUGAUAAUGGUAUUAUAUAUGUAUCAUUUUCACAUCAUAGACCACAUAGACAAGAUAAAGAUCUCUAUUUCUUUGAAUUGGCAAAGGAUCCAGAAUUUAAUUUUGAAAGUGAAAAGUUUAAAGAAUUAAAGAUGCAAGCAAUGUUUGAAAAUGAUUUAGGUUGUGAAGAAACAAGAUCAACUGUUCAUUUUUAUACAAUGAAAAGAAAAAUAUCAACACCACAAUAA